AUGGCAAUUAAGUAUAAAUCAGGCCGAUUUUUCACUUGUGCUGGUAUUCUUUGUUGGAUAAUAUCAUUAAAUCUAUAUAUAUAUUUUUACCAUUAUGAUAAGUUUGAUUCAGUUAUUAACAAUAAACAUUAUCAGAAUGGUUUAGAGGAUUAUGGUGCUGUUAACCUGUUCGAAAAUGAAAAUAAAAUAAGUCAUAGGAUCGAUGAUUAUAUUCCUUUAAAUACUUCAAUUUUAAAAUCAGAUCCAGUACUACUUUAUCAACUGGAAUAUUUGGAAGAUAACAGGAAUGUCAGGCCAUCAUUUUCUUCUAAUUACCAAAAUAUAUACAAUAACCAUCCUGAUUUAAAACUGGUAAUGGGGCAACUUGACUUCAAUCAACGUUGUAAUUUAUAUUUCCAGAAUUUGUACCUGUUCGAUCAUAAUUGGGCAAUAAAUCCCAACGAACGAUUACCACUAAUUGAUAAGAAUGAUUUUGAUUAUACAAAAUGGAGAGCAUCUAAAACUAAGGACUUGAAGGAAGCAUUUAAAGAGAAAUACAGUAUUGAAAACGAAAACGAUAUUAAAUACCGUGACCUUGACAGAUUUAUCAGGUCCCAAUAUGAUAAAUUUUGGAAUCAAACCUUAAAAGUAGAACAAAAGGCCCUGGAUAUGCUAAGUCAUUUAAGAAUCUUCAACAAAUGUUAUAUAUACGGAGAUGAUGUAAAGGUAAAAUCUGAUACUAAGAAAUUAUUUAAUAAACAAAUCCAAUAUGUGAAGUCCUUAAGAACAAUCAAUAAAGGUCAAGAAUCCCGUUUCAGAUAUACAAAAGAUGAAAUUGCCGUUAAAAUUAAUCCAUUGGAAGAAUGUUCAGAUUUAGAGCAUCGUCUUUAUCCAUGGUUAUCAUUUCAUUUCCCUAUUUUUGAAAAAUGGACAGGGGAUAUACAGAUGUCUCCACCAAGAUUCACAAAAUCUAAACCAAUUAAUGAGAAGGGAUGUUUCUUAAAUAAGUUUAAGAAUUCAUUAAAUGGAAAGGGUAUCGUUUUAACUGUAGGUACAAAACAUGUUGAUGAUACCGUUAAUUUAAUUAAAUUAUUGAGAGCACAUUUGAAUACUUAUCCAAUACAAAUUGUUUAUUAUGACAAUCUUUCAGCUGCAAGUAAGAGGAAAAUAGUUCAAGCUGCCAGAGAGAAUGUUAAAGAUUUCCCUUCUUCAUUCCAAAAAGUAAAGCAUUUAUUACCCCAAAAGUAUGAUUAUGGCUUACCACAACAAGAUAUUUGGUUUGUAAACGUUUUCAAUGUAGUUCAAGAACAGUAUCGUGAUAAAUUCCUCGGAUUUGGAAAUAAAUUAUUAGCAACAGUAUUUAAUUCAUUCGAAGAAUUCAUUUUAUUAGAUGCUGAUUCAGUCAUACUUAAACCACCAACUUGGUUCUUUGAAAAUAAUAAAUACAAAUCUGGAGGUGCUCUUUUCUACAAGGAUAGAACAACUCCGGAAUUUAGACCCAAUUCAGAUCUGUAUUUCUUUAGAAAAAUGACACCAUCAGUACUUGAUUCUAUUUUUUUUGACUUCCCAAUGAUAACGUCAAAAACAUUAGAGUUAGAAGCUAUGACAGGUAUGUAUCAUUUUAUGGAAUCUGGAGUUGUGGUUUUAAAUAAAGCAAAACAUUUUGAUAAACUAUUAUUAUUACCUCAAUUAAAUUUUAUGGACCUUUUUAAAGGUAGAAGUCAUGGUGAAAAGGAACUUUUCUGGUUAGUAUUUAUUAUCAAUGGGAACGAACAAUUUGAAUUUAACAAGUAUAAUGCAGCAGCAGCUGGUCAAUUGCAGAAACCUGUGAUUAAAAAGAAUGGUAAAGAACGUCUAGCUCAAGAAAUUUGUUCAGCCCAUCCUGCUCAUGUAGAUGAUGAAACUAACGAAUUAAUUUGGUUUAAUUCAGGGUUCCAUUUAUGUGGUCAACAUAAUAAAGUCAAAUACGAAGACGAUUUGAAGAAUCAAGACAAUAGAUAUGAUCCACCAUUAGAUACUGAAAAAGAUUUGAAGACAUUUUAUUACGAACCACUUCGUCUCAAGCAUGUCAUUAUUCCUCCCUUCAAAAACAAAGAGGAAACAUUCUGUGAUAAUAAGGAGGAUGAGCCAACAAGGGCUUGGUUUAUGGUUCAUAAUCUCUGUAAUAGUUAUCUUUGGUGUGGGGUCAGUCAAAUUGGUUACGGUGACAAUCUUCAGAAAGGGACCAUUAUAGAGCUUGAUCUGGAGACUCGAAAGUUGUACGAUUAUUUAGGUGACACUUGGGUAGGUAUAGAAUAA